AUGGUCCUCCCAUUCCAACCACAUUCAAAAUCAGAUCUUCCUCCUGAGGUUCGCGCAUCGCUUCGCAGACCAUCGUCCCGAGGCCGUGGGCAAGAUGCAUUAGCCAUCGCCCCUGACCCAGCACCUGCUCACCGUCGCUCAACGAGUUUAAGCAGCAUUCAAAAAGGAGGGGGGAAUCUAAAUGUCAAUCGCUGGUCCAAGUCAACGGCUUCGAGCGCGGCGAGCGCGCAAUCUCCAUCGCAAAAGAUAGCAUCGUCAAGACGAAUGUCGGUGAGCGUUUCAGGGUCAUUCUUCCUCACAGGUGCGGAUAGUACAUCACCAGAAAAGCAGAAGCAGUCCAGAAAUCUAGCUCCGACAGCAUAUACCUCUUCUUCGACGCGUAAUUUUGCGACCAACUUGAAUCUGCCACCGAUUGUGACAGCACCCAACCCACAGUCAUCUACUCGGAAAGGAUCCUCUCCAUUAACUGGGCCCCCAACGCCGUCUCCUUCCACCGCUGGACUGUUGUCGGCCGCUGUGCGCACUACCGUCCCUGAUUAUUUCGGGAGAGCUUGGGAAGACUCCACCCCACGAGCCUUUGCUGCGGUGAACGCAGAACCCAAAAGCGAAUAUAGGCAAGACGACGGAGGCUCGAGGGCACUAGCAGCGCAAGAGGGGAGACACAGGUCGAGAGGUCAUUCGCGACACCGCUCUCAAGCUGGGAAAUCUAGUGCUAGUACAGGCGGCUCACCCAGAAACUCAAAGGGCCCUUCGCAGAAAGCCAUGCUCUCCAAAGCCCUGCAGAAGGCCAAUACCGCUGUGCUCCUCGACAAUGCCCAAAAUUUCGAAGGCGCCAUGCAGGCGUAUUCAGAGGCAUGCGGGCUUCUCCAACAAGUCAUGGCCCGUAGCUCAGGUGACGAGGACCGGCGUAAGCUUGAAGCAAUUCGUAACACAUAUACCAGCCGCAUAAGUGAGCUGCGAAGAAUCACACCUCACCUCCAAGAUGAUGGGAAAGAGCUGCCGCAACGGCCACAGAGCGGUAGCUUCAGGGAAGACGAGGUGAGCCAACCAGAUGAUGAAGACGAAGCAUAUAUUGAGACGGCAAUUGCUACGAGGAUUGUGAACGAUCAAUCAUAUGACCCUGAUCUGCCGUCAGCUAGAACUAUACAAAGCUCGCAACUUCCCGUUAGGCGGGAGUCUUUGAUGAUCCCGUCAGCCUUGGAUUCUGGCCAAUAUCCAGGUAAGCUUGGACUAGAUCCCGCUAUCGAGCGCUCCCAGUCAAAGUCUCCUAUGAGACAGCGUGUACAUGAAAUGAAGAUUGAGCUGCCGCCCGCUAUGGAGAGUAUCUAUAUGCCUCCGCCUCUAUCGCCACGAAGGCCGCAUUCACCAGUGACACAAGUGUCCCCGAACAAUUCUCGCAUCCGGGUUCCUCAUGAUUCAUACAAGACCACCCAUGCUCUCAGCGCGAUUCCGAAUGGACACAGUCGAGCUCCCAGUAACGAAUCAAUGUCGUGGCUGGACACAAUCGACGAGUCCGGUGGCUCAGCAGCUUCUUCAGUGCACUCCAGAACUUCGUCAAUGGGUGUGAGAAGGAAACGGAUCCGAGCAGCAAGCGGGGCUACGGAAGCAGAGUUUGAUGCAGCGUUGGAUGCGGCGGUUGAAGCAGCUUACGACGAGGGUUUCGAGCCAAUGGAAGGCCCUCAGGGACACCGGUUUCACUUUGGCCAUGAUAUGGAAGAGGAUGACGACGAUGCAAUCGUCGCGAGUGUGCGGCGCAAAGUGGAGAUGGCGAAAGAGCGGGUUCGCCAAAGUGAACGAGAGGCUGCCAUUCAAAGUGCGCGUGAGCGAGAAAGACAGCGGCUACUUGACCAGAGCUCACAAAGUGAUGAUGCUAAUGGUUAUGGCAACGAAUCCGAUGAAGAGGAACGAAUCCUCGAGGAAAUGACGCGAGAAUAUGUUAUGGAUGAUUUCGAGUUUGGCCUACAGUCCAAAUCUGCCCUACCACGCGAGCGCGAAUCGGAUUCUAGUGGGUUCUCAGGGAGAACGUCCGGAUGGAAUAGUUCAAUUGGAUCGAAUCCGACUACAGCAGGUACAACAUUGUCGACAGUGACGGAAACGUCUUUCAUCCCACAAAUACCAUUGCUGCAAACAAAAGCAGCACAUCCACCCCCUGCCCAGGCCCUUCCCCCACCUCCCCCGGGAGCGGUGGUCUCGCAAACCCCAGGCCCUGCGGCUCAAGGGGUCCGUAGCCGGCGGCUCUCUGGUCAGAAUCCCAAACAGCUAAAGAUAGAGACCACUGUCAAGUCAAGCGGCCCACAUUCAGAUUCGUCCUCGCAACCACCUUCAAUGCCACCCCCAAGAAUUCCAGAUCUAACUGGUGUCACUCUUGUUCAUCCCAAAACGGCUGGUUUGCCGCCAAAGCAACCGCUCACAUCAAGUAGACCACCUUUGACAAUAUCAAAUCGGCAAACCUCAUCAUCAUUCCCUGGUCUGGGCCCUGCUGAAAUUAUGUCACCACCCACUCCCGUUCUCCCGCAGAAAAAUGCAUCCGACGACAUCGAUCCCGACGGUGUGCCACGGUCUGGCUCUCCUGGUAGAACGUCUUCCAGGGGCGGUCUUCGCAAGAAUUUCUCUUCGUCUAGUUUGAAGAACAUGAAAACUCGGAAUAUGUCUCUCUCGGGUGGUAUUGAUGAUGGAUCUGAGGUAUCUCCACAUACUCCGGGGAGCUCGCAGUUUAUGGCUCGAGACAACGGAAAACAUCCAGCCAUGCCCACCUUGCCAACCCCUAUCGCAGCAGCUUUCACCAGCAAAAUGAGUGCACCUACUGGGGGAAUGUAUCUUUUCAACAGCGACAUACAUCUACCAGAAAGUCCAGGCUCACCCAACCCGCUGACUACUGGGGCUCCUAUUCCACUGGAACCAUGCCCAACAGAAUACUUGCUGCGUCCCUUUUGGCUCAUGAGGGCUUUAUAUCAGACAAUAGCGCACCCUCGAGGGGGCUAUCUCUCUACGAAGCUAUUUGUUCCACGUGAUGUGUGGAGGGUCAAGGGGGUGAAAAUCAAAAACGUCGAGGACAAAAUCGCCAACUGUGACUUUUUGACUGCAGCACUGCUGAAACUGGCUCGCGUGGAUGCUAUUGACGCAGAUGCUGUCCUGGAAGAAAUGCAGGCUUUAGAAGGUGUUCUGGAACAGGUGCAAACAAUACUGAGCAAGAAAUUGGGCAGCGAAGUCGGGGUUCAAAACAACGGAGGAAUGUUCAAAGAUCCUUUCGCUAGCGUGGAUACCGAUGCAGCGACAUCCUCUUCCAAGUCCGGCACGACCUCGAGUAAAUCCUCGUCAUUUUCGUGGAGGCGGCUACGGUCGAAGAACUCUGGUGUGGCACUAUCUAGUGCCUAUGCAAACAAGCCGUCGGCGUCUGAACUACCUAAAGAGGGCCUUACCAUUGGCACCUUACCCAUGACUUCAACUGCUCUAGCCAAAGUUCGAUUUCCAAAGAAGGAGCUUAAUGAAGUACAGUUCUCGGGGCCAAACGCGCAAUAUAUGAGCUCUUUAGCGCGGCUUUUUGAUGCAGCGCAAGCGAUUGAUCAGAUCGCUCGUCAAGUCGAGGAUCCAGGUUUGAGGCAUGCUGACAAGACACAAGUUGGCCUCGAACUUUGCACUCGACAUGCGGCGGAGUUUUUCGGCUUUUACAUCUGUCGGUUCGUUCUCAGCGAUAUUGCAUUGCUACUGGACAAGUUCAUUAAAAGAGGGAGCGAGUGGGUUCUUGUCUGA